AUGCUCUACUUCGGCUACAUGGCGGUCAUCUCGGGCGCGCUGGCGCUGCUGACGGGCGCAGUGGGCGUCGGUGCCUCGCUGUGGUUCACGCGCAAGAUCUACGCGUCCAUCAAGGUUAAAGCAGUGAAAAGUGGUGUCGCCCCACCUGCAGCCAGUGCUGUCAGUGUGACGAGUAUUGGUAUGAAGCGCAAGAGUGCAGACGAUAUCGCCGAGUGGUCACAACGCCAAUGUGAAACUAAAGAGCAGGAGACUGGUACAACAACUGCUCAAGAGGUAGAUGAUUUUUCACAGAAGAAAUACCCAUCUGCCCGUUAA